AUGGAGGUCGCCGUCGAAAGGCCGCCGCCGCAGGUGAAGGAGGAGAAGAGGCCCGACGCCAAGCCAGAGAUCGCCGCCGCACCGAUAGGAAGCGCUGUUCCGAUAGUCUUCGAAAGCUUUCCAUCGACGCAAAGAGACGCGGCCGGCAUCAACAUCAAGCAGGAGGAACGCAGGCUGGAGGCGGCCAGGGCGGAGAUGGGCGAGGUGAGGGAGGAGAACGAGCGCCUCAAGUCGAUGCUGUCCCGCAUCGUCAGCCAGUACCAGUCCCUGCAGAUGCACUUCCUCGACGUCGUCAAGGGGAGCCACGCGUCCGCGGCGCCCGUCCUGAACCUGAGCUCCGACAGUAGCGGCAGCGCCGACGACAACGAUGACGCCAAACCUGCCCUGGCCGCCGUGGGCACCGCCCGUAAGAGCCUGAGCGCCGGUGCCGGAGACGGAUCAGCUGACAACGAGGUGCAGCAGCAGGCCAAGAAGGCUAGGGUUUCCGUCAGGGUCAAAUGCGACACUCCCACGAUGCCCGAUGGCUGCCAAUGGCGGAAGUACGGGCAGAAGAUCUCCAAGGGGAACCCGUGCCCGCGAGCCUACUACCGCUGCACGGUGGCGCCGCACUGUCCGGUGAGGAAGCAGGUGCAGCGGUGCGCGGAGGACACGUCGAUCCUGAUCACCACGUACGAGGGCGUGCACAACCACCCGCUCCCGCCGGCGGCGACGGCCAUGGCGUCCACGACCUCCGCCGCGGCGGCCAUGCUCACCUCGGGCUCCACCACCUCCGCCGCCUCAGCCUCGCUCAUCCACGGCCACCACCACCAGCUGGCGGCCGCCGCCGGGAUGCUAGGCCCCACCACCAUGGUCUCCACCGCCGCGUCCUGCCCCACCAUCACGCUCGACCUCACCUCCCCUGCCGCGCCGCACUCCCUCAUGCACUCCUCGCCCUACGCCGCUGCCGCAGCAGCAGCCGCAGCGGGGUUCGAGUCCAAGGCGGUCCCGGCGGCGUGGAGCAACGGGUACCUGGCGUACAGCGGCGCCCACCCGUCCUACUACUCCAAGAGCUCGCCGGCGCUGGGGCACCUAUUCGGUGGAAGCCUGGGGGCGCCAUCGAGACCAGAACAGCUCUACGCCGCCCAGUCGUACCUGCAGAGAGCCAACAGCCUGGGCGGCGGCCAUGGCGCGGUGGCGCCGGCCGUCACGGACACGCUCGCGAAGGCGAUCACGUCCGAUCCGAGCUUCCAGUCCGUGCUGGCCGCGGCGAUCACAUCCGUCAUGGGACGCGGCGGAGCCGCUGCUGCCCAGAAGUGA